AUGGCGGAGGAGCUGGUGCCACUGCUGGAGCCCCCCCUGAUUGAAGUCUUCCUUGACCUCUGGAACAUGCUCCCUGAUAACAUGCACUCGUUGUCCCCCCCCAACAAUCCCCUGGCCAUGUGCCUUCCAGAUCAAAAAUCUGUCUGGGAUGCAGUGUCUGUCUACAUCCAGGAGCACCUCUUGCUUCACCAGGGUGUCCGUAUUCCUGCCCUUGGCUCCUUUGAUGUUGUCCCCAAAUGGGUCAAGGUUGGGAAUGAGACAAUAAUUUUCCUGAAGCCUGUGUUUUACAUGGCCAGGAACCUUAUAGUUUCUCACAACCUCAUGGACAACAAGGAGUACCUGCCAGGCCAUAAGGAGCUGGAACCCCUCAAAUUUGGUGAGGUGGCUGCAGCUGCCUCUGUGUCCUGGAAGAAGGUGGAGGGCUGCAUCCAAGGCACAAUGUCCCUCAUCUCUCGCUGCGUGGGGAAGGGGGAGAACAUCGCCCUCGUCCUGAUGGACGUUGGGGUGCUCCUCAUCGAAGGCACAAAGGUGCAAAUGAAAUUCUAUUACGAAUUCCUGGAGGUGUUGUCUGGGAAGGAGAACCUUCAGAAGGUCCCCCAGCUGAUGGACGUGGUGGUGUCCCGGCUGGAACCCGUGGCCUCCCUGACCUUCUCUGGCCGUGUCAUCAUCUUUCCUAAGUUUGAAAUGGAGAGUGUGCCCAAACCACCACCACGCAGAGGCCAUCUCAAGGCCCAUGAUGGUGACAAGCAGAAGAAGGAAGGGGCUUUACCAGCUCUCAGGCAGGGCAAGAAAGAAAUCCAUCAGUCUUUGGACCAUGAGGACCAUGAGAUGGAGGAAAACAUGAGUGUUUUGUGA